GCGGCCCACUGUGCGAGCGCUAAAUGCAUGUGUAUUCGUGUGUGUCUGUGUGUGUUAGUUUGUGUGUGUUUGUGAGGAAAAUAGUCGCUGGCAGCAUCGAGCGCUCGACGUUGGCGUUCAGUUCUCGAGAAGACAGCGCCGCGAUCGGUUGUGCGGUUGUUUAUUUUUGGGUGCUUGUCGUCGGCAGCGCGAGCCUGAAGCUGCGAGUUUCUCGGUCUCCGUCUCCAUAUACAUACAUAUAUGAAAACCGUACCCAAUGUAAAAAUAAAUAUACUAAUUUUCGAAAAGAAAAACAUAUUCAAAAACGUGAGCCAAAACUAGCAAAAAAUAAGUCGUUAACAAAAAAACAAAAUAAAAAAAGGAAGGAAGAAAACUUUGCAAGCUUCUGGCGCACCCUGUAUGCAGGCAUUUGCCAGAGUUCUUUUCGACUUGGAAUCCUGGAAUCUCGAACUCUCAUCGUCUACGGAAAUAUCCCUGAUAUAGAAUGCGUCUGAUUUGCAGCUUUUUCAAAUGGCUGGCACUUUUACAGCUGCUGGCCCCGAGUCAGAGUGGACACGUGCAGGAAGCCAAGCGUCACCUACGCGCCGAGCUUGGCGACGCCCUGGGCCAUCCAAGCUACUAUGGCUCCCAUUGGCACCAUGGGCAACGUGUGCAUCGGCUGCGCAUGCCACACGCUCACCAGAGAUGGACCGGCCGGCGGCGCUCGAUUAAUCAUCAGCAUCCCUUCAGCCGCUGGACACAGUGGACGACCUGUGAUGAGGACUGCAUUCGGCGACGGGAGCGCGUCUGCAAGGCCAAGCGAAAAUGUGGACACACCAAACACGUGGAGCAGCGCAAGUGCUCGCAUUGUCAUCCGGCAGUCAAGUGGCAUACCACGAGCAGUUUGCCGCCAGCCAACUUGCCACACCAUAAUCCCCAUUUGCCAGCGAUCGUUAUAAACGCGGCGGCAGCUGCAGCGAGUGGGCCACCCUUUCAGCCGCAUCCAACCGAACCACAUCCUCAUCCGGACGUGGACUCUGUUGAGGUAGUGCACAGAAGGCCGCCACAAUGGCCCCCAAUUGAAUCUAGUGUAGAGCACGAUGAUGAUGAAGAGGAAGCAGAAGAAGAUGAGGCCCCCUUCCAUGGCGAUCAAGGCGACUUUUUUGUGCUGAAACGAUACCGACGCAGGCAGAAACCAAGGCACAGCUCCAGGCAAGGCUCAAGGCACAGCGCGGAGCACGGCUCAAGGCACAGCUUCGGGCACAGCUCCGGGCACAGAAUUAGGGAAAAGCCCAAAUUCGAUUACCUUGAUGACGAUUUUGAGGAUUACUUCGAGCGCAAAUCCUUUAAGCAGCGUUCCUUGGGCAGCGUCGAUAAUUCCGGCCUGGACGGAGAUGUCUUUCAGUACGAGGACUUCGAUAUCGAGCCUGAUAGCCAGUACACCGACUCGGAAGAGUAUACGGAUGUGCGCAACAUGACUUUCUUGCCGCCCGCCAAGGAGCGGAAUACACCAGACGGGCUGCUGCCUCGCCAUCGACGCCUCUACUCCAAGUGGAGCCGCUGGACCAAGUGCUCGCCGAAGUGCACCACACGGCGCUACAAAAAGUGCCGCAUCAGCGAGCAGUGCGGACGCGAGGUGCUGCGCGAGAUCGCCUACUGUUACACCGAGGGCAGCUUCUGCCAGCAGUGGCUACAGACCCAGGUGCAGAAGGUGCCCGCCUAUGAGUCCAGACCUGGUCCGGUGACGGCCAUGCGACGCAUGCACACGGAGCCGGAAGCUGCGGCUGGAGCCUUGAGCAGAAACGAUGUCAAUGUCAUCAUGAGCGGCAAGGGCUAUCGGGGACCCGAGUACUCGCCGCUGAAGCUGCACUGUGGGCUGCCGCGCAGUGGACACCGGAGCAUGUACAACAUGCUGAAGAUUAUUGGCGGCAAGGCGGCCCGCAAGGGCGAGUGGCCCUGGCAGGUGGCCAUCUUCAAUCGGUUCAAGGAGGCCUUUUGCGGUGGCACAUUAAUCGCUCCGCUCUGGGUCCUGACCGCCGCUCACUGUGUGCGCAAGGUUCUGUACGUGCGCUUCGGGGAGCACAAUCUGGACUAUGAGGACGGCACCGAGGUGCAGCUGCGCGUGCUCAAGAGCUACAAGCAUCCCAACUUCGAUAAGCGCACCGUGGACAGCGACGUCGCGCUGCUGCGGCUGCCCAAGCCGGUCAAUGCCACCAGCUGGAUUGGCUACUCCUGCCUGCCGCGCCCCUACCAGCCGCUGCCCAAGAACAUGGACUGCACGGUCAUCGGCUGGGGCAAGCGGCGCAACCGGGACGUGGUCGGCACCAGCGUCCUGCACCAGGCAGACGUGCCCAUCAUACCCAUGGAGAACUGUCGCAGUGUCUACCACGAUUAUACAAUAACAAAGAACAUGUUCUGCGCUGGCCAUCGCCGUGGCCGCAUCGAUACCUGCGCCGGCGACUCGGGCGGGCCGCUGCUCUGUCGGGACACCACCAAAGCCAAUCAUCCGUGGACCAUUUUUGGCAUUACCUCGUUCGGCGAUGGCUGCGCCAAGCGCAAUAAGUUUGGCAUCUAUGCCAAGGUGCCCAACUACGUGGAUUGGGUCUGGUCGGUGGUCAAUUGCAAUGGCAACUGCAAAUUGCACUAGCAGUUAGCCAGUUAUCCAGUUGCCAGCGAUCUGGGCCAAAUGCAAAAGGUAUCAUAGAUAUAGUUCGUAGCUGGUAAGUCGUUAUGUUUCAGAGGCUGUGAGAUACUUAUUUACUUUUAAUCGCCUGGAGGCCCGCAUCUGGGCAACUCAUCCUGUAAAUACAACACAUACUUGCCUAAGUACUCAUCAUGUACAUACGAGUUCUUACGCGGAAUUCUUUCUUUUCUGGCUAAAUAUAAAUUAUUUAUUACCUGAAA